GCACAGCCCUAUCCGCAAAUGCGCAAGCACCUCAUACAAGGAAAAAACUGAACACUCUGGAGCCUACAUUGACGCAAGAUCUUCCGAUUUGCUUGUUCUAUCAUCGUGUAGCCUGCAGACCUGUUCAGUAUUUCCCUUGUCUAAGGUGCAAGUCUUCUUCUGGUGGAAGGCCAUGCAAGCACCGCGCCCAGGCCAUCGAUCCCGCGACUGAAUCUAACGAGAUCCUUCACUAACUGUUUGAGCGAUUGAACGCCCCGGAGAAUGCAGGGUUCGAGAUGAUCGCGCCCUUUAUCGCAAAAGGGCGACGAGCUGUUUAUCUACGUAUUCUUGAUAUAUGACUCUCUCCCAUGAUACAUCUUCGAAUACGAGACCUCGCUUUGCUUCUUUCUAUCACAUACCUCUCUGUCACCAGUUAAAAUGCCGAACGAAUAUGCCGACGUACUUGCCCUCAUGCUUGAGGAGAGACGGAAGUGGGUGGAACAAUAUCCACUUCACGACAGCGAUUGCGAAAUCCACACGGCGGCUUACAAAGGCGAUAUUGCUCUUAUCACAUCUAUACUGGAAAACGAUACAACCGCCACCGCGGACAUCGACGCCCGCAAUUGGAACAACUGUACCCCCUUGCACCUCGCUAUACGUGCUGAUCGCGGAUCGGUUGUAAGACUUCUCGAAUAUGGUGCUGAGUUGGACGCAAUGAACCAACAGGGAAGAACUCCGUUGCUCAAUUCAGUUGCCAACGUUACAUAUGCAUCAGAAUUUCGAUUCAGUCCGACAGUGUGUAAUCUGCUAUUAGAGAAAGGUGCGGAGAAAACCUUAAGCAAUGCUGAGGGCAAGACGAUGGUAGAAAUCGUGAACGACUCACAUAGCUGGAUCUUCGGAGAGGAAGGACGCGUGCAGAAGAAGCCUCCGCCAGUACACGUAGCGCCUAGCAGGGGCAGGGGCAGGGGUAGAGGAGCUGGCGACGUGGCGAAUGAAACCACAUACGCUCUCUCUGAAGCCCGAACUUUACUUGAGCAUCAUCAUCAAAAGUCGCACAUCAUAAUUAAUCCAAACAAAAAUCAAUUGUAGAAGCCGAAAACCAUAUCCAGAUUAAUCAUACUACCAAGUAAUCCAAAGAGCAUCUGCUAUAUGCAGACAUCGCUAACAAAAACAAGAUAUGGGUAUAUAGAUGCCGCCGUUAACAACCAAGUAAAGAAAAGGGUAUAACCAAUAAAGAAAGGGGUAUAUCCUCGUCAAAGUCGUUAAAGCGUAAAGAAUCGUAAUCGUAGCCGUGAUUACCGGGCCC